ACACCACCUUUUUAAGUAGACAAUUAUAGAAAGGCCGGAUGCAGUUGUUUUCUGUUUGAUGGGCUCUAGGUUUUCGAGCUGACUGGUCAGGGGCUGUUAUUUACCCUAGUUUUCAACAGUGCUUCCCAUGUGCCGGAGACAUGGCAGAAUGGAAGGCGCAGGUAUCUUACAACUACAACUCCUCUUACCGUGCUUAUGCCUACGGCCUAGUGUACCAGACCGGGACCGAGCAGAACCACGGGAACCUGAACAGCUGGGCUGAAGCCGGUGCCAAGGACUUAAGCAACUCCAACGCCGGGCUAACACAGCCCUAUUACGCCACCACCGCCAGGACCCGGGAGGACUCCCCGCCUGGCAUUAACGUUACAGAGCAGCAGGCUGUGAACGGCCAGUGUCAGUACCGGGGCUCCGGAGUCGUCUACCUCGGUGAUACCCAGGCAGGCUGUCUGCUCGUGGCCGGACCGCACCCGGCCACCUACGAGGCACGGGAACAUGAGGCCAGGCGGACCGGAGGCGACUCAAUCAGCGACUCGGAGGCACACACAUCACCAGAUUCAUGGAGCUCUGACAUGAGCAGAGAAGGCGUCAUCCCCCAGGCAGACCCUGCUACCUGGAUGAAGAAGGCUUUUGACAAUGAUGAAAGCAGGAGCCCUGAUGCCAGCGAUGGUGUUUCCAGCUCUCUCAUGGAGGAGCCGCAGUCUUUUUCUGUCACAGGGGCCGAGAACACCGACACCACCUCUCUAUACCCACCCUUAAGUGCCCCAAAGAAGCCGCUCAUGACCACUGCCAGUAAUCCCAAAGGAAAGGUGCGGGCAGCCUUCUCAGAGAGCCAGCUGAAUGCUCUUGUGCAGCGCUUCACUGUCCAGAGAUACCUCACUCCAGCUGAGAUGAAGAACCUUGCAGAGAUGACGGGGCUAACCUACAAACAAGUGAAGACUUGGUUCCAGAACCGAAGGAUGAAGCUAAGGAGGCACCAGAAAGAUACGAACUGGGUGUGUGAGCGCUACACCAUCAACAAGGGCAACCCAAUUCAUGGGGCCAUGUACAGCAACAUUCCUUCCCAUUUCCAACCUUAUCAAGGAGAGGCCCGGCCCCAACUAACGGAGCAUUACAACCAGCACAUAAUGGAGGCGGCCUUUAGGAAGACUGCUCCACAGAACCUGGCCUUUUAUCUGGCCGCUGUGGGCGGUGCUGCUGGAUCCACUGGCUACCCGUCCUGGUCCUCCAGCACAUCCCAGACUGCGGUGUCCACCAGGGCCCAGGUGGCUGGCUGGACCAUGCCCACAGGCGUUACUCAUUAUGAACACAACUCCAAUGCGUUCAACCCAGCCGCUGCGAAUAACACCAGUCCUGAUCUCAGCUUUGACAGCAAAGAUGGGAGCCUGUGAGCAGCCGCAGCUCCUUUAACACAAUGAUGAUACAUGAUGUCAGCCAGUGCUCAAUGUUUGUUGACGGGCAUUAAUACCUGUGUAAAUGUUACCCAUCAGCCGGGUUUUUAUUCUUCCUUACAGGUCUGCUGACUGUAGUUUACUUUAAGUUGGGUGUACAUAUGCCUCGUUCAAAAUGCCUGUUCAGAAAUAUUUCACUUUUUAUCCUGAGGUUUUAUUUUUUUUAUAUGCAGCUAUUUAAUGUAUGUUCUUUGCGCUUGAUAAUACAAGAUUAGUCCAACUUGAACCCGUUCUUUGUAUUACAUGGGGUUUUUUUUAUAACAGUUUUAAGCAAAGCACCGCUACAGAUCCCAUGUGCACACAUUUCAGCAUAUCGUAUGUAAAUACAAGUUCAUUUUGUCAACU